AUGGUUUUUCUUUCCUUUCUUUGUUACUUGCUUGUCACAACAAUAUCACAUGUCAAAGCCGGAGAUCCUGUCUCAUGCAAUAACAACCAAGGCAACUACACAGACAAUAGCCCCUACGACAACAACCUUAAAACCCUUAUAUCCACUUUCUCUUCUCAUAAAGAAAUCAACUACGGUUUCUACAAUUUCUCAUACGGCCAAGAUCCCGACAAAGCAUACGCCAUCGGAUUAUGUCGUGGAGAUCUCGAACCAAAAAACUGUCUCACAAGCAUAAACAACUCCUUCAGCUAUCUCAAACAACAAUGUCCAAAUCAAAAAGAGGCAAUUGUGUGGGGUGGUGAUUUCACUCUAUGGUACUCGAACCGUUCAAUUUUCGGAGUAGUAGAAACUUCACCUACAAUAUAUCUAAUAUACGAAAGAAAUGUAAGUGACGUGGAUGCAUACAACGAAGCACUGAGUAACUUGAUGACAAAUCUAACGAAAAAAGCUGCAUCGGGUGACUCUCGUCGUAAGUAUGAUGCUGAUAAUGUUUAUGAGUCUGCAAAUUUUGCAACUAUAUACGGUUAUGUGUUGUGUGUGCCGGAUUUGUCUUCGCAACAAUGCAUCGAUUGCUUGGAAGGAGCGGUUUCUGAAAUUCCAGUUUGUUGUAAGGGAAAGAUGGGAGGAAAUAUUCUUAAACCAAGUUGUCGUAUUAGGUUUGAUCCUUAUCAUUUCUAUAAUUCGACGAUUCCGUUGGAUUUGAAUGCAACACCUCCUUCACCGUCGCUACAACCACCAUCAGAAAGUUCUUCACCAUCUACAAAUAUCACUUCUUCAGGGCAUAGCAAAAUACGAAUCGUUAUCAUCUCCAUUGCAUUGCCAGUUGUUACUGUGGUUUUGAUACUCAUUUUUAUUUGCAUCUAUUUAAAAUUGAGAAAGCAGAAACAAAUGUUUCAAGCAAAUAAUAAGAAACAUGAUGAUGGAUAUGAAGAUGAAAUUACAAUUGUUGAGUCAUUGCAAUUCAACUUUGAUAUUAUACGAGUUGCUACAAAUGAUUUCUCGGAUUCUAAUAAACUUGGGCGAGGUGGAUUUGGAAUUGUUUAUAAGGGUAUACUUCCAGAUGGACAGAUGAUUGCAGUUAAAAGAUUGUUAGAAGAAUCUAACCAAGGAGAACUGGAAUUUAAAAAUGAAGUAUUAUUAGUAGCCCGACUUCAACAUCGAAACCUAGUUAGACUACUUGGUUUUUGUUUAGAAGGGAGUGAGAGGCUGCUUAUUUAUGAAUUCGUUACAAAUAAAAGUCUUGAUUACUUCAUAUUUGAUCCAAUAAGGAAAGCUCAAUUGAAUUGGGAAAAACGCUAUGAAAUCAUAAAUGGUAUUGCCCGAGGACUUCUUUAUCUUCACGAGGAUUCUCGUUUGCGCAUUAUACAUCGUGAUAUCAAAGCAAGCAAUAUUCUGUUAGACAACGAGAUAAAUUCUAAGAUAUCUGAUUUUGGAUUGGCAAGAUUGUUUGUUGUCGAUCAAAGUCAAGGAAAUACAAAGAAAAUCGUUGGAACCUAUGGAUAUAUGGCACCUGAGUAUGCAAUGCAUGGACAAUUUUCGGUGAAGUCGGAUGUUUUUAGUUUUGGAGUAUUGGUUCUUGAGAUUAUAAGUGGUCAUAAAAUUAGUGCAAACAUUCAUCAUGGAAACGAAAUAGAGUAUCUAUUGAGCUUUGCAUGGAAAAGUUGGACAGAAGGGAAAUCUACAAAUAUUAUAGAUCCAUCAUUGAAAAACUAUUCACCAAAUGAAAUAGUGAGAUGCAUUCAUAUUGGUUUGCUUUGUAUUCAAGAAGAUGCAGCUGAUAGACCAACCAUGGCAGCUGUUGCACUCAUGCUUAAUAGUCAUUCUCUUAGUCUUGCACUACCUUUGAAACCUGCAUACUUUUAUGGAAGUGCAAUUGGAACUGGAACUAAAAGCUUACAUGACAAGCAACUAUUGGCUGAAAAUCAAGAAGCAAUGACGUCGAAUGAAUCGAUAAAUCAAGCUUCAAAUACUGAUCCAUACCCUCGAUAG